AUGAAUACAAAUUACAUUGUAUAUUAGCAGUGGCAAGAACGGUUAGAAAGAUAACCAAAUUGUUUAGAGAAGUUGUGUUCUUGCAAUUACUUUUUUCGUAAAAAAACCCACAAAACCAAUGAAAAGUAUCAAUUAAAGGAAUCGAUUCCCCAAAAUUACAUAAAAAUUUGUGUUUUAUAUUUAGAUGAAACAUUGGUCCAUUGUCAAUAUAAACCAGAUAAUAGUUAUGAUUUUCAUUUGAUUGUAAAGUUUAUUGUUUAAAGUAUUUGUGACAAUUAGACCUGGGGUAGAAACUUCAUAUAGACUUUAAGCGAAUACUAUGAGGUAAUAAUGUGGACUGCAAGUUUGAAAGAGUAUGCAGAUCCAAUCAUGAACAUUAUAGAUGGAUGA